UAAAUUUGUAACUUCAGCUGUUUCUGAUUGUGAAAUUGUAGUUCUUAGCUGUUUCUGAUUGUGAAUUUGGAUUCUUUAGCUAUUCCAGAUAAAGUUUUUACGUACCUGUUAUCGGAGAAUUGGGGGCAUAUAGGUCUGUCUAUAUGUCUGUACGCAAAAACUUUUUAACUUUGCUCAUAACUUUUUUUUAUUUUACAUGUGGUGUAUUCCUUGUGACAAGACCUUUCUUUUGGUACCAAACUGUUGACCUAGUGACCUUCACCUUGAAGUUUGACCAAUUUUUGAAAAACUUUAACCUAGGCCAUAACUUUAGAAUGGUUAGUGAUAGGGCUUUGAUAUCUCACAGGUGUAUUUCUUGUGACAAGGCCUUUCUUUAGGUAGUAUAAUUACUUCUUGCCAUACUGGAGCUUCAGUGUUUCACAAACAUGUCUUAUAUUUGUAGUAUUACCAACUUUUUGAACAUUUGUAUUGAAUACCUCUUUUACAUAUUAGAGGAGAGACAUUGAGUGCUACUCUGUGGGUGUUGGUAUAACUUUGGACAGAGCAAAGUAGAUUUAAUGUACAGUACCAAUAUGCAGGCUGUGGGUGGAGUAGAAUUUGAAAGCAUAUUGUUUUUCAAACGAUCCAGUAACUAAUGAAUCUUGCAGGAAUUUUGGAAUUAAGAUUUUUGAAAUAGUUGGUAUGAAAGUGAAAAUUUGAGCAAACAAUCACAAGUGGCGGUUGUUUAGAGAUUCGAUGAAUUCUCCUCCAUUUUACAAUGAUGAUGAGAAAUGCGGACCUCCUUGAAUUGGCUCACUAUAUGGAGGGAACUGAUUCUUUUUCCAGAUCUGUUUACCUAUCCUGCAGGCUGAACUUCCUGAACAGUACUUCUGCUAUUAUUUGCUCUCUUGGCAGAGGCAAUAUUCCUUGAUUUUUCUGAUAAAGAAACUCCACAAUCUAGAGGAGUAUAGCUUGUACAGAAUAACUACAAGAUACUUUAUUUCUGCACAAAAAUAGUACAUGUAUACCGUUUAUGUUGCUAUUUUUAAUUUCGUCAGUGAAGAAUUUAGAUCUUUUAAGUUCCCUGACUUUAUUUUUAAAACAAUGUAUUAUAUGGCUUGAUAGAGGAGAAGAGUAUUUGUGGUGGAUGGUGAUUUUCACUAGAAUUAGUUGUCCUAUGUUUGCGCUUGUCAUCCACAGUGUAAAUGACAGAUCAAACUAGAAAAAAUCAACCAUGUGUUGAUGACAGUGAAACUUCUCAUUAGUGACUGCAUACAAAGCUCUCCAGUUUAAUGAAAAGUGUUAUCAUAAAAACACAUCUGUGUUUUUAAAAUUUCUGAUUGAAAUCUCUAUCUCUGGGAUGCAGGGCCCAGAUACAUGUAUCUGCAGCAUUAUUAACGGAGUGCAGGAAAAUCAUUAUCGUACAGAGUGGAAUUAGAUUUGGAUUUUUAUCAGCAGCAGCAGUCUUUGAUAAAAUGAUAUGUCACUCCUGGUGACAGAAGGGACAGAUAUCAUAUUUGGAAGUAGACAAAUUGAUUGUUUAACAUCAGUUUCUGGGUUUAUGAGAGGGAAAGCUUGGUCAAAUAGCCAUGCAUUGAUUUAAUUGUCAAUUCACAGAAGAGAUGGUCAAAGUCGGAUGGUCAAAGUCAAACCAUUUGAUUCAUCACAAAUGAUAAUUUAGCUUAAUGGUUGUAUGAAAAGUGGAUGUCAUACAAAAUGUACUUUGUAUUGUAUCUGAGAGAUUCAAGAUGCAAUUAAGUUUUUAGAAGUGCAGUUUGACAAAAUUUGCACAAGUCUACUCCAAGAUUAUUGUUUAACUCUUGUCAAGGAAAUCCCAAAGGAUCGAUAGUUUGACAUGUGUGUAAUAAAAUGUUUAAAAAUCAAUUCAUCAUGUUUGAUAAAAAAAAUAGAAAAUAUAAAAUAAGAUACAAAUGAUUAAAAAAAUCUAUAACUUUAUGUAAACCUGAAGAGGCCCAUCUGGCAAUAAGGUAACUCCAGCCAUGAAAUAUGUUCAUUUUGUUUAUAAUGUAAAAUGAUGUUUUAAUGAAAAUAAUUUUUCACUUGAGGAAUAAACGAUGCUGGAGUAAUUGUUGAGCAGUAUGUCUCUACAUGCCUGAUGAUCAGCGCUCUGUGGCAGCUUAUCAGCGCUAGGCAGGCUUAGUUAGACAGGAAUAUUGAAACAGACUAUUGACUGGUUUCUGUACAAAGCCUUCAUAUUGUUUUAGCAGCAAACUGAUGCCGGGAAACACACUGAAAAACACUCUCUGGAGUCACUUUCUCCUGAUCAUUGCUUUCUAUGUACUAUAUUUAUGUGUUUGAUAAUUCAUGGAGCUGCUACUGUAUAACCGGAUGUGUUAGGAAUAUAUUUUUGUGAGAAUUUAAUACUGAUCUGCACAUUAAUUAGCGGUAUGCUGGAGGAUUCAGAAGGUAAGAUAGUCCAGAAUCCAAACAAUCAUUUAAUUUCUGAAUUUUUUUUUAAUUAUUUUAACGGUAUGAUAUCCAUUUCCUCAACAGGUGCAUGAAGAUUUUGUGUUGCUGAUAAGAAAACGUUUAUAUUAUGUUAGGCUCAUGUCGCUGAAAAAUUAGCGGUACUGUUAAUAUGGUUGAGCUUGUCUCUGAUGGUAUGAUCUUAAAAUCAUCAGAACUAGUCUCAGAAAGUCAUUUUUACUGCAAAUUAAAGAAUUUGGCAACAAAACAGGCUUAGCCCUUAUGGACUUCAUUGCUGGUGUAAAUGAGAGCUGAAGUACUUGUUUGUAUACGGUGUGGUGUGGAAGUUUUGCUUACAAAAAUAGAUGCAUUAGGAGGAUGAACAUUUGAGUGAGGGUUUGCUGGAGGCUUUUCUCAAUCUUAUCUCUUUGAGUUUUGGCACACCACAGCAUCAAACGAGUUAGCUCUGCCUUCAAAAUUUUUUGAAUAAUUUGGUUUUUAAUCUUCCAAUUAAAUGUGUUUAUUUUUGUGUGCAUUGUAAUCCAUUUAGCAAGUGUUAAGCAUUAUCUGUUUGCCAAAAAUAAUAAUGAAAAAAAAAAUUCUAUAAAUGAUUAUUAAGAAUUUGGGAGAUAAUUGCUGGGCUGAGGAAUCUGGGUGUUUUAAUUAGAUGACUUGCAGUAUGUUACCAAAACACAAACAAAUACCAAUUUGUUUCUUAAGUUAAAAAAAAUUCUGAAGUGAAUUUUCAUGCACUAUCUAGGAAGUAUUUAGAAAUCUGUGUGAUUGAUAGUUCGCAUAAUGGAAAAUUCUUGUUGGAAAAAGUUCUUAGACUGAUCUUUUUCAAGUGUCUUGUGCACAUCUCUUCAAAGAGGAAACUAACUGUUAUGUUUCUGGUUUCCUUGGUCAUUGCUUAGUUAGGAUUUCGGAACAGAGAAGUAGUGUUGAAGUUUGAUCAGUGAUUAUCUAUAUCCUUUAAUAUAUUUUUUUUCCAUUGAUCUAUGCUUCUCAUUUAAUCAUGUAACUGCAAGGAAUGUAACAGGUGGCUGUUCGAGAUAGUCUGGAUAACAACCAACAUGUGUACUCAUUUUGUCCUCCAACAAUGAUUCAUUCUAGUUUUCCAGCAUUAUGAAUACUAAUACUGUUUCUAUUUUAUUUCAGUACUAGCAAGUGUACUUCUUACAUGACUAUAAUGCUGGCAGAGUUAAGAAUGGGGCGUCUAUGUUGUGUUAUGCUGGGACUUUUUUGAAAAUUAAGCUAUAAUAUUUUAUUUCUGUAAUAUAUAGACAACAUACAGUUCAACUUCCAUAUCUCAAACAUCAAUAUCUCUAAUACUAUGGAUAUGUUGAAGUGAGAUGAAAGUCCCAAUUACAUUUUCUUUAUGUAUUUUUAACAUCAAUAUCUCGAACCCUCGGAUAUCUCAAAAGUUUUCCUCGACCCCAUCAAGUUUGAGAUAACUGUUUGACUGUUAUUAAUUGUCUCAAUAGUCCAAUUGGUCACUAUAGGUCUUGAUAUUAUAUCCUAGUAGAAGUCAGAUAUCUGUUGGAAUGUGCAAUUUCAAAAUUGAAUAUAUAUGAUGUUGUCAUUUUUAAUGCAACAGCCAAUUUCAAGGUAAUUUCACUUGACUGAGGGUAAGAUUUACACAUCAAACUAAACAAUUUGAUGAUAAAGCUAAAUGAUAACAGACUAAGUGUGUGUGAUAUAGUGUACUGGAAAAUGAAUAGUAGUAGUCUUAUAACACCUCCAUGGUGUAGCAAUGUUAAAGGGACUGAUUCACGAUUUCCCCCCAAAUUUUGUUUUUCACUUUAAAUAAUCAAAAUCUACAGUCUAAUAUGUUUAGAAGGUUUCACAAAAAAAUUAAGGUUAUUUAUCAUGACACAUGACAGAAAGAUUGAGGUGUGUAAAUAAGUUUUCAAAAUAAGUUUAUUAUAUAUAUCGCAUCUCAAGUAUAUUUUAGAUAAAAUGUGUCAUUUAAAAGUUAAACUUUGUGAUUGUACAAAAUGAAGAUUCUUUAAAUUACAAAAUUAACAUUUCUCUGGUUUGUUUGUUUACAUAAAAAGACUCGAGUCUUUGUUUACAUAACACAGAAUCAAAGCUAGAAUAUUGCUCUUACCCUUGCAUUCAGAUGGUCCAAAUUUUGGUUGUCAUCAUUAAAUGAGUAAUUUUUAACAUCAAAAAUGAAAAAUAUUUCUUUUGAAAAACAUGAACCAGUCCCUUUAAAUUCAUGAUAGAUUUAAUAAUAUGCAAAUGAGACAGCGAAGACUUCAAAAUUCCUGUGGAGAAUAAUGCAAUUUGACCUAAAUAUACAAGCCAAAAUAUUAAUGAAAGAGCAUCAGAUUUCUGUAUAUCUAUAUUGUGAUCAGAAGAAGUAAAUGCCCAAAUAUUUUGAUAUCUGCUGUCAUCAUUUUCAUGUAAAUAUGUCCCUUUAAUGAGAAUGGAUACAUGCCAGUAGAUCAUCCAGAACAUAUUGCAUAGCAAAACCUUGUAUCGUUACAAUUUUAUGUACUUUAAGUCUGCGUGGUAAAGAGAAAGGUAUGAAACUUUUAUUAUAAAUGUAUACAUAUAUGUAUCUCAACAUUCAGAUAUAACACCAGAGAUUAGCAGUCAUCAAAUUAUGUAAAAUAAUGACAAGGUGACAUGAAAUAACCGGUCUGUGCACAGGUGAGAAAUAUGGCUGCCAAGGCGUUACUUCUAAAGUUCACUCUUUAACAAGGAUGCCUUGACAUUACGAAUUUGUUUACACCUGUGACUGGAAGACGUUUGGUGAUAGGACUGUGUUUGGAACCGAGGACCACUUGAUAAAGGAAAUUUAUGAUAACAUUCUCUAAAUCCACCUGACCUAGCUGGGUUAAUUCAAAACUUUCACUGUAGUACCUUGUCAUUGGUGCAAGACGAAAAGAUUGUGAAAUGCAAACAGACUAGAAUGCCAGAAGAAUAGGGCUUUGUAAAACAUGCAUUGGAGGUUCCAUGAAGAGUAGCGUACAAAGACUUUGAUUGACAACAGAUUACAUAUUUGUUUACAUUAGAGAAAACUUUAGGAGCAGGAAGUUGAAAUUGUGAAUUCCUCAGUGUUUCCAAAAUCUUCAAAAUCUACAGUGCUUACUGUUCUGAUUGUGAGUACAGUUUCUGUAUUUGUAAACACCGUGGAAGGGAAGUGGGUAUCACAGGCUGGAUCAGCAAAUGCUGCUCUCACGUAUGAAAAACAAACACGAAGUGACCACUUGUAUUUUAAAAAAAUAACCAGUGAAGGAUUUUCCCCCACAUGUAAUCCUAAUCCAAUUGUCCCAAAGCUAAUUUGACUUUUAUUUUUUGGUAUAUAAUCUGACUCUGCUGACCUUCCUGUCAGGUGACCCCAGCUGUGUGGAUAGAGAAAGAGAUCAUAUUUUAUGUUCAUUAUAGUGUCUAGAUGUUUACAGAGUUUAUCUAAAGAAUAUACAGGGCACCCAACCCUGAUACACAACCAUGUCACCAGGCUCCAUGAUUGGAAGUUGAUAGAAGAAAACAUGCAAAACUAAAUAUUGUCAUUGUGUGGGAUUUAAAGGCAUUCACCCAGAAGGAUUUGUAGGAAUCAUGCUUGUUAUGGUUAAAAAGUCAACUGGAUAAAUUUUUUGUCAUUCAAUAUGACAGCUCCACUAGGAAAGUAAAGUAUUUGGGAGAUUGAAAAAGGAAACUGGAUUGACUCAUGCUAUGCCCACAUAGUGAUACAUGAAUGAGCAAUGAAUAAAUUUCUCGAGAAGCGAAGAAGCCAAAGUAAGUUGAAAACUACCUUUAAUAUCAUCAGCUUUAUGUACAGUUAAAGUGUCAUAUUGAAUAGGUGACUGUUAUGGAACAUUUAUUUUGAUAGACUGGAUAAGCACAUACUGUAGGAAGGUUUACCCAGAGGUUAAAAUACUGAAUACGGGUAGCAUGAUGGUCAUGUAGUCUCCCUCUGCCUGUUCUAACUUUAGAUUUCUUUUAACAUAGCAGUACACCCAAAUACAGUUGUAUAUGUUGUGUACAUUUUUAAAACAGUCAUUUUAAAUGCUUUACUGGAGUAGUUGCAAUAGAGAGGUAUUUAUCUGAACAGUGCAGUUAUCUCAGGUACUUCAAAGAAGGUGUGUCUGAUUUGGGAACAUAAGGAAAACACUGACAGUCAAGUGUGUGUAAAUAUUCCAAGGUUGCUGCUAAUAAGUCGCAACAUUAAAACUGGUGGAAUAAAGGCAAACUUUAUUGCACUGAGAGAUGUAUAGCAAAUUUGAUUUUGCAGCACACAACAAAGUGCUCAGUGAAACCACAUCCAUCAUGGUAAAGCUAUGGCUACUGUGUCUGGUUGUAUGAAAGCUUUGUUUCUAAACUUCUGUGUAAUUAUGUAUUACCUGGGUGAUAGUUCUACAGAUGUACAUCACAUUGAGCAGAGUGAAAGUUCACAUCAUUCGAGUAGGCUCCUGUUUCUCUAAUUGAAAGUUACAUUGUAAAAAGACGCUAGUUUUCUGAAGUAAUAAUUGUUAUUUUGAAGAAUUUAUAUGCUUGCCCAGUCUGUGAAUUUUCUGUUGCAGUAAAUGCUUUACAGUGUUCAUGAUAUCGCCUUGACAACAUGAAAUAAUUAUUAAGAUGCCCUAGUAUUUGGUGUAUCCUAUUUGGGCCUCAGUAGAUAGUGAUUUUAUGGUCUGGUGGUCACAAAAGUGCUUCUUCCCUACUUCACAGGAAGAAAAUAAAAGAAGAUUUUGGGAUGGCUAUACUAACGGAAGAUUUGAUUACAGCACCUAAUAAUUAACUUAGCUAAAACUUUCUGAAAUCUCUGAAUUAUGUUGAGAGUUCAUUUCUUAAUUUUGAAGAAUUGGUGAUGGUUUCAUGAUUUUGGUGCAUUAAUUACUUUGUUCCUAAGUAAACCACUAUGAUAUAAGAACUUCAAUUAUGAUUAUUUUGCUGAGAUACUCAAUAGAAUAACUUGAUUUUGCUUACAAUUGUUGAUUAUGAUGUUACUGUUAAAGUAAUGACUAGUCAAAAAACUGCUUGCAGCUACUGGUCUACAUAUAUGUCAGCUGACUUACUUUUAUGUGGGUCAAUGAUUUUGCUGAUAAUACUUUUUCUUCACACUUUAAUCAUUAAAAUGAUAUUGACGAAAGUCUCAAGUUUAUAAAUAUCUGUCACAGCUCACGAAAAUAAUUAUGCAAAUAUUUCAACAUUGUCAAGUGGGUUUAAUCGAUGUUGUGUAUUAAUUGUCCAUGUCCAGCACAGGUAAACGUCUAUGUAGUAUGGUGUGGUGGUGUCUUGUUAAACAGUCAGGUGACACAAGUAAAUGAAGGAGUAUCAUUGUGUACGGCAUCCAUUCUUCCACUGUUUAAUCUCUUGUAAACACACCACUAAGGAAUAUAGGGAGUGAAUGUUAGUAUAUGUUGUUGGAGAAAUUUGGAAAUAACAGAUGAGGUAAAUAGAAUAUGUACAAAUUGUGUAUGUACAGUGUACAGGUUUUACACACCUGUUUUGCAUGUUAAUGUUGAAGGAAGGCAGGCUGUUAUGAAAUAUUCUUAUAAUUGCUUGGAGUUUAUUUGUAAGGUCUGUUGUAUAGUUAUGGGUUUGAUAUGGGUUUGACCUUUAUCAUUCUUCUAGUGGACAUGGAUCUAAGAGGUUUCUGUGAUAGGACUUAUUGACCAGCCAGUCAACAUCAAACAGUUUAAAGACUGUUAUAAACAGUGUUCCUGUGUUUGACUUGAGAUGAAAUCCUCUUUAUACAGAGAAAGUCAAUAAGACCACAUCUAGUCAAUAUCUCUCAUAGGUCAUGGGAAGAGUUGAAGUGUAUCAGUUACCUCCCUUGUUGGAACACAACAGUCAUCCCCCUUGUUUGACCUCUGACAAGUAAUGAAACUGUCGUGUAGGCACAGUUCAAUAAGUCAGUGUAUAUUUCCUACAAAACAAUAAAUUUUUUUGUAAUGAGGUGAUUUCUAGAAAAAUCAUACCAUUAGGUGUGCAUGAAAUUAUCCAUAUGUACAUGUAUGCAGAUAAAAAUAACUCUGCUUAGGAAUAACUGAGAGGUGAUUCACGGCAGACAUGCUGUGCAACAAAACAGGAUUGUGUUUUACAAAGUCGCUGGUCUGUAUGUCAUGAAUAUUCAUACAAAUUGGUAGUGUAGGACACUUAGUGCAGUGUUAGCGUUUACUGCAGUGGUACAAGAAAUGACAUUGCAGUAUGUCCUGUUUUUACGCAAUCUCUCCCUUGACCACACAAGGCAUUACUAAUCAUUAUUAAUGCUUAACAAUACUUCAAAAUAUCAGUUAUAUAUUAAUUUCAUUCACAGUGAAACCUUUAUGAUUAUUCAAGGUGGCUCAGUUUAUGCUGUUUUUUGAUAUUGCAUGUGGUCUUUGAAAUAGAAUUAUAUUCAAAUAGAAUUAUAUUCCAAUCUUCUGAAAGUCCCAAGCUGUUACAGGCAGUUUUAUGUUAUACAAAGAAUGUAAGUGUUGAUGAUUUUCCUAGACUGCAUUUUUUAUGAUAAAGUAGAUUUAUUAAGGCUUUUAAUUUUAUGGAGCAUUGAAUAUACAAUGCUUUAAUUUCCCUUUGUUAUUCCCUCUCUCAUUCUUUCUCAAUGUGACACUAUCUUUUCGUCCAGUAAAUGGUGAUUCAGCUAUCCCUGAAGAGGCCUGAAGGGCACAGAAGACAAAAAAAAUCUUUUUAUGAGAAUUUUUUCUGUAACCAAAAAAGUACUAAAAUCUGAGCAUACAUGGAUUAUGCUGAUCGGGGCAGUGAUGUGACCUACUUAGACACCUACCUGGUUUGACAUCAAGAUUCUCUCCCUUCCUGUCUCUGCCCUAUCCAUCUCGCAUGUAUAUGAUUACAUAUGAUUGCAAUGCCAAACCAGGACAGUCAGGAAUUGCAACCACUGACUAAUGAUCUAAUUGAGAUGAUAUCAUAUAUUCUGUUAUCAUAGAGGGAUGCAUUAAGCAGUUACUUGUUUCCACAGAGAACAAUUUAUUUCCCCGUGGGUCUGGCACAGUGAAUAUUUUGGCUGGGGGAUUGGAUUUUCCUUCCUGCUUGACAACCUGAGAUUUCAUUGUGAUCCUUUGUGCAUGCAUGACUUGCUGUCAGAUGGACUACUUGACAGGUUGAAGUACGGAAAUUUGUACUAAGACUUACAUGGACUCUGCAGUGUGAAACUCUUCAUCUUGUUUGUAGUGAAUUAUCUGUGAUGUGUGUCGGAAGUUUUAUCUUGUUUACUAAUACCAGAUAAUCAUGGAUAACAAGAUGGAGGAAAACGUCCACCCAGAGGGGUACAACUCCCUCCCACUCAGGAGAAAGAACUGUAAAAAAUACAGGAGGGCCUCAGAAGUACUCAUAAAUAAACGCCAAUUUCAGGAUGGGCGACUUUGUACCUCAGUGUAUGGUACUGGUGACCACAUGACUGGACAGAAAGAUUCUGGACCCUUUGUUGCACUGACUCUUAUGAACAAAACUCCUGAAAAAGUCACAAAACCAAUUCCAGUCGAUUCUAGAAAGAGUGCAGAACUACAGGCUUUUAAACUUUCAGAGAUUAAGAAAUAUUAUGACAAUGCCACAGAGGAAUUACAGAGAACAAAGGCACAGUUGCAGAACAAUCCAUCAGAUGAAAAACUAGCUUCAAAAGUCAAAGAACAAGAAGCUCUAGUUAAAAAACUUGAAGAUCAAAUAAAGGUUCUUAGUUCUACCUUAAACUCUAGUCAGAAUAAUGCACAAGCCGCAGAAGAAAGUCCUGAGAUUGGAAAUGGAGAAGGUUCUAUAGCUCCUUGGGGACCAGCAGGCCCAGUUUCUGAUGGUAGCAGUGUGUCCGACUCCCCAACCAACUCCCCCAACGCCUCCCCUACCCCUACGCACCCCAACAACUCAGUAGACACGCAAUCCGUCCAGAGGAAAGACGUGGAUUAUGAUGAAAUAAGUCAGACAAGUCUAGCCUCCAGUGGUCAACAACAGAGGCAAAUCAUCGCUGCAGAAGAAGACGAAUUCAGCUCUGAUGAAGAUAUGCAAAACAAGACAGAUGAUUAUGGCCCUUUCAAUGACUUGCGGCAAUUGGAAACCAAACCUACCCAUAUGUCAGUCUUCCUCAAUUUUGUCCUGAAGAACGAGUCUCCCUCAGCGCUGUUAUUCUACAUAACCACACAUGUGUUCCAUCAAGCUAAGGGUGGUAUUAAGGAGUUACAGAAGUGGGCAUUUGAGAUUUUUUCCACAUUUCUGGCAAAUGGAGCUCCCUUAAAGGUGAAGAUUGAUCAGGCGCUUGUCGACAGAAUUGAUGACAGCCUCAACUUCAAAUCCUCAGAGAAAGAGGAUCUUAUGAGAACAAUAUUUAAUGGAGCUCGUAAUUUUGUUCAGAUGGAGAUCUCCAACAGCUUACAGGAAUUCCGCAGCAAGCUAAGCCUAGGAUUUGGAAGUAUGUAUGGAUUACAGCUUGUUCUCCCCAAUAUGAAACAGAAAGAUGAAGCAGAAGUUGCAUUAAAAAUAUUGUCUCCAUACUUAGAAAAAGUCCCACCAUCAGAUGAAGAUAUCAGACCAGACCAGACUCAUGUAAUGGCCUGGGCAGUAGCAACAUUCCUCAGACACAAUGGCAUCAUGGACAAAAAACAUUCAUCCAUGGAGAGGGUACAAAGUUUUGUGGCAAAGGAAAAGAAGAAACCACUCAUUCAAAGGAAAAGGACAUUUAAAGCACACAGUUUUCAACCUCAACAUUUUUCUCGUGUGGAGAACUGCAUUCAUUGUAAGGAGCUGAUAUGGGGUGUGGGAUUCCAAGCGUACCAGUGUUCCAAUUGUGAACAAUGGAUACACAAGUACUGUUUGGACAGUUUAGAGGAGUUUUGUCCUAAGAAAAAGAGAAAUCGACCUUUAUCAACUAUAAAACCAGUGUCUUCUACAACCGAGGCUCCCAGUCCGAGUCCAGUCAAUCCUACCAUACAGCCUGUAAAGGAUGAACCAGAAGAAUUUCCUUUAAAGCAUACGGUGGAUACUUUGAUUAAAAAGUAUGACCCAGUACACUCAGAGGGGCCAAGUGGUCGUAAAAAGAGCCCAAGUGUGGAGGAUAUGACCAAUAAGAAAUCCACCGAGAUCAGUCGAUCUGAAAGUUUAAAGGGUCGGCAUGACCAGAAAGGCAGAUUUACUGGUAAACAGCGUCGCGUUAAAAGUGAUGUGGAAAUUGAUGAUAACGUCAUGAAAGCCAUAACAGGAAAUUCCCCAAGUUCGUCAUCAUCAAGUAUAAGGAGUGGGGAGAGCCCAAGCAACUCUAUGGAUGCUGUGAACAAUAUUCCUCACACUAUAGAAAACGAUUCGGACUUCGAAGUGGAAAAUGAAUUACCUCCCUUAGAAUCAAUAUAUCCAAAAGAUGUUUACAAAAAAUUGAGACCUAAAGAUAGGAAAAGAUUAGAAGUUAUCAAUGAACUAUUUUACACAGAGAGAACCCAUUGUCGGAACUUGAAGAUAUUGCAAAAUCUAUUUUUUAAACCCAUGUCACAGGACCCUAAUAUAUCACAGGAUUUGAUUAAAGUAUUAUUUCCGAACUUAGACAAGAUGAUAGCUUUACAUGGUUCAAUGAAUAGUGCUAUGAAAGAUAGAAAGAAGUCAAAUUCUAUUGUAACAGAGGUUGGGGAUAUAUUACUGGCUCGGUUUGAUACUGAGGGAGAAGCAUUCCGUAAUGGCUGUGCCGAGUUUUGUCAGAAUCAGUCAUAUGCCUUAGAUUUUUUACGGGCAAGACAGAGAAAAGAUACGAAGCUCAGCAACUUCCUAAAUGAGGCAGAAAGUAGUCCUUUAAUGCGUCGUCUCCAGCUGCGAGACUUAAUUCCCACACAGAUGAUGCGUCUCACCAAAUAUCCACUGCUAAUAGAAAAUCUUAUGAAAUAUACUCAAACGUCAACAGAGGAGCAUUCUCGGCUGGAACGAGCCCUUGCGUUGAGUAAAAGUAUUUUAGCUUAUGUUAAUCAGGCAGUAAAAGACUGCGAGAACAGCUACAAAUUGAAAAUUUUACAGCGUAAAAUUGACAGAAAACAGAUGGAUCACCAUGAUUUUAAAGAGUUGGAUCUCACAAAACACAAGCUGAUGCUGGAGGGAGUACUGACUUGGAACAUUAACCAGAGAAAGUCAGUGGACUGCCAUGUUGUGUUAUUAGAGGACCUGUUAGUGUUAUUUCAGAAACAGGAUGAUAAACUCGUUCUUCGGCAACAAUCCACUCAACUUGUGGCGGGGAAAGAAGACAGUCGAUAUCAAUUUAGUCCACUUCUAAAACUGGAAAAUGUUCUUCACACCAACAGCAAGGCGACUGACAAGAAAGCAUUUUUCGUUGUAUCCAAAACCCAGAUUUAUGAACUCUCUACAUCCUCCACUGAUGAACAGAAGAAGUGGAUAAGACAUAUCAAAGAAGCUGCAGACUCAUUCAAAAAGAGGAAGGAUAAGGCCCAGGAACCGGCGAAGACAGACGUGCUAGCUGUAGAACCUCCUCAGAUCAUUAGAAGGCCUAGUGCAGAGAGAGCUGAGGAUGAAUUGGAAGAAGAGCUUAUCCAACCUGAUGAAAUCACGGUACAGAAUCCCUUAUCUCAGAAAGCUGAACCAGUUCUGACCCCACUAGCUGGACUAGUGGAGGAGGAACUGAAGAUGCCACUACCUAUGGAGAAAUUACGAGAAAUGGCAAAUAGAAUGAAUCAAAUUUUGACCAAUUUACUGGAAAAAACAAGACAGUAUGCAGCACUAAAUGCGGGACACAGUCCCGCAUCUUCCUCAGCUGUGGUGAACAGCCGGGACGAAGAGAGGGAAAGGCUCCGUUUAGAACUGAAGGCCGCCCAGGAAGAACUGAACAUGCUUAGGGAGAUCCAGAGGCGAGUCUCGGGGUCCAACUCUGCAGCCCUCGCACCCGUCCAGGGCCGGCCUCAAAGCUUUAUUUCGGAUGCAUCUUCUUACUCUGAUACUGAGGCUGUAGCCAACACUGAGGAGGAGGAAAUACAAGAUGUUCAGUCAGAUCAUAAUGAAGCAGAAGUGGAUGCAGUAGAUGUACCUGAUGAUCUCGAUGACUUCGACCCAGAGGCCUCAGAACCAGAGGUCUCUGUACCUACCAGAUUGCCAAUCGAAAUCAUUGACACUGAGCUAUUGUGUGUGUCAGAUAAUGAGCCCCCAGAGGAGGAAUCCGUGGUGGAGCCAGAACCUCCUUGUGUGCCCGAGGAGGAACUCACUGGAGCUAAGGACACCAAGACUGAGGAAAUCAAAGCUGAGGAUGGUGUCCAAAAGGCGGAGAUCAACCUCAUUGAGGAGGUGACUGAGGAGGUAACAGAAUUCUCUUCCAACCAGAAGGAUGUCAUUCAUUCCGGGGAAAGUGACAUUGUGUGCAAAGACACCACAAAGGAGGAAGAAGGUGCCAAAGUUCUUCCUAAAGAAAACCCAUGUGAGGAUCCAGGUGGGCUUUCAGCAGAAAAAGGAACAGUUACAGAUGAUGAAAGACGAUUUAGUAAUGAUGACUAUGAAGAUGCAGUGGAAACACAAUCAGAAAUCAGGGAAGACAGUGAGCAAAGGACUAAUAAUGAGGGAUUAAAUCAAGAGCAAUCACAGGAAGAAAUCAUGGACCAAGAGAAAACAGAUGUGGGAAAAGAGGGGGCAGAAUCGGAUGUAGAAACUGCUGACAAACAGAAUGAGGAAGUGGUGGAGGAUCGUGAAAAAUGCCAAAUCAUUGAAGAUAAACUGAGUGAAAAAUUGGAGGAGAAAAUUCUAGACAAUGAUGAUAAUGAAAAUAACUUAGAAUCUACAAAUACAACAGACAAUAAGAGAGAUAGUGGCUCUCCAGUAUAGCAUUAAUCCAGAUCUACUUCUGUCUCGCUCUGUGAUAAGUGCUACAUUCAAACAUGGAUGUGAAUAACAGGUUGGAGGGAAACGUAAAUUUCGCUAUCAGAGUGGUAUAUGACUAUUUUAGUGAGAUUCUGCUGAAAAUGAAAAUAUAGAGGAAUCUCAUUAUAACAGUGAUAUACCACUAUAAUAGCGGAAUUUAUGUUCCCCCCCAACUUGAAUAAGAAUUGUUCUCAGUUAUGUCCCUUGUCAUUAGUUUCUUGUGGAGGGAGACAGUGUUUGAAAUGUUUCCUUAACUCAUUCCUCUGUACAGCUUAAUAGACGGAGAAGAUAUUAUAAUGGAAAAUAGUUAUAUAAAAUACAAAGAAUUAACAAGAAACAAGAGAUUGACAUAUGUAAUUCAAAUAUAUUAUUUUGCGUAUAUUAUAUAUAGAUAUAUAUACAUAUAUGUAUUUUUCUGUUUAAUAAGGAAGAUGUCACAUAUUUAUUUAUGUUAUGGUUGUCUCUGAUGUCAAUGAAACAGGAUAAGUGUGUACAGUUUGUAAAUAAGCAAUGCCUUCAUAGUCAAAACCUCAUUCACUUUCAGAUUGAUAUGUGUACAGCUAGCAUUCUUGGAUAUUCUUGAUUCUCAUAUACAUCAUUGUUAGUUCAUUCUGCGGCUGUGAACAUUUAUUUUAGGCAUCAUUUAUAUUGUUAUUCUUUCAGUAAAGGCCCAAGUUUGAAACCUAAGGCUGACUUUAGGGUGCAAUACAAUUAUUUUAGUUCUAUUGCAAAGCUUUUUAUAUGAUGUAUGGAAGGGAAGACUACUCUUGUUUUUCUUGUGCUUGUAUGAAAGUGUGCUCAAUAUUGGCAUAUCAAGUCUCAUUUUGUAUCAGUGAACUUUAUUUCACAUUCUCGUUGUCGCUGAUUUGGUCACUAUGUCAAACUGCCUAUUAAAUUACACUGAGAAACCACUGCUGUAGCACAAUGAUCUGUAGCAAAAUUUUAUUAUUGUUCAGUUUUCUGAAUAGCAUUUUCAGUCAGAAAGUCAAACUGCAUUACAUUGUAUUUAGCUGAUAAUUUCAUAGUGUUCAUUUGAUACAAUGAGUGAGUGCCAUGCUAAAGCUUUAGCCCUUAUCAUGUGGGUCAUGUGACGUCUGGGAGUUACAUGUCAUCAAUUAAAUUAAUUAAUGCAAUCAUUAAGAUGCACAGAUAAACACUGUAAGUAAACCUUUGGCUUAUGUAAAGCCAAGAUUUAUGUUGAGAAAUUUAUGAUAAUGAUGCCAGAAAUAUUAAAAUCUUUAAAACUC